GGACCUACAGGAGUAUACUGGACAGGAUUAUCACUCUAACGGACCUACAGGAGUAAACUGGACAGGAUUAUCACUCUAACGGACCUACAGGAGUAUACUGGACAGGAUUAUCACUCUAACGGACCCCUACAAGGUGUAUAACAUACGAGAAGGAGAAUGAGGAAUUUCUGUAGUGAACUGAUCACUGCUGUAGUAAUUCUCCCAGUUACGGCCGGGAACUACCGGAGGCGACAGAAUGGCUCCUGGUAUUACGACGGUACCAUAUCCUCUAUGGUUUUCUUCCUCGUCUUCCUCGCUGUCGUCAUCAUAUUUACAGUUAGCAAGAACAUUGAUAUUGACCAGGACAAGCGUCUAGGGAUAGUGUUUGUGUUAUUGACCGUUGUCUUUGUCAUAGGAAUGUUUGCAUGUGUUGUAUUGGGAUGUAUAGUAAACAAACAUGGUCUUAACUAUGUCGUGCUGCGAAAGCAUGAAAACAGUGUCACCAAACUACAGUUAAUCUUCCUCUGGAUUUUUGGAAUAGUCUCCGGCUUGUUUUCAGGUUUCCUCGUGGGACAACAAAUUCAGUGUAAGGUAUUUAGCCCCAAUAUUGAGGGAGACGGUGGAUUUUUCUGGGAUUCCAGGUGCAUCUUCAAUGUAAUAACAAUGCUAUUUCUGUUGACAGAAAUUAUUUUUAUCACCUAUUUCGCUCAGUUCGAAAUGAAGCGAUCUACAUCCAUCCGCUAUGUCCUAUUCAUACUUGUCUGUGCGAAUAUUUCUGUCUGGUUACAUAGUAUCAUCAUAGACAAUGAAACUUUCUCUGAGCGUAUGAUGGACGAACAAUUCGGAAACAAUAGUAUCAUACCCGCCUGUCUACAAAAUGGUUCUAUUGGAAGUCUUAUUGGCCACUCCAAACCUGUAUUAGGUCCAUGUUUUUUGGAGUUCUUUUUAUUAUCUAUAACUAUUCUUUUCGAGAUGUGGCCUCCCGCUAUGAUACGUACAUCUAAUGACGUGCUACCAACGUAUCAAGAUGUUGUAGAGUUGAAUUGUUCUGUGAAUGAAGAAACGACACUUCUAGGAAUCACAGAAACUGAUGGGAACAGUUUGUCUGGGGCCGAUUGGACAGUUAACCAACUUGUUACCUUAGUCGUAAGUAUCGGGGUUGGCCUAGGAUGUGUUGUAGGGUACAUUGUGUGGGUGAUUCACCAAGGAUCCCAAAUGCGGCUGGUAAUGGAAUGGUUCGCCGUAGUCAUCAACUCCAUCAUGAUUGGAGCUAACUUAGUGGGAUUCUUUUGCUUAGUUCAUUAUUGUAAGCCAGAUAGAAUACCCAAACCUUUAAAGGUCAGCGAGUACGUAUAUAUGUCGUCUGCCUUUGGUAUAGUCAUGAUACAUGUCUGUGAUAUACUCACGGGCCUCCUGUCACGAGACAAUUCUUCAGAUAUAACACUAACCUCAUACAUUCUGGCAAUAAUACAGGACUACCUACAAGUUGUGUUUCUGCUUCACGCCAACAGGUGUAGCAAGUCUGACCCACAUUCCAACACCCAUCUACUAGAUUGUGUUCUUAUGUUUCUUCUAGUUAUGAACUUUUAUAAUUGGGUGAUAGAUGGCUUUAUACUUGCAUCAUUUCCUGGUGUCAGACAAGUUGAACAAAAGGUCCUUGGGAGCAUCCUAUGGAGUCUCUACCACGACAUACUCCUACCAGUUGGGGUGUUUUAUAGGUUUUCGUCGGCACUGGAAUUUUUUAUGACAUUUAGGGUGUAUAAUGGCCGUCUAUAACUUAUCGUUAUCCGUUGAAUAAAAAAUGUGUUAUGUGAGAUUGAAAUCUUAUAACAAAUACUCAUUUUUACUAUGCUGCAUUUUACGAAAAGGGAAGCUACAUGUAGUAUCCCAAGCAAUACUUUCUUUAGUAACCAUGACCUUGACCAUCGAACCCUUAUAAGUUAUCUGGACAUGCAGGCAUAAGGUAGAGUUUGAUAACUUCUUCAAAACGUAAUCAGCAAAACAACCAAUUCUCAAAAUUCAUCUAAACAUCACAAUUUUUACCCAAUGGAAACUGGGAAUUUAUAGGAAUGAGAAGAAAGAUUUGAAUAUAUUCAACAGAAAGAAAUAUAAAGAAUAAUGUGAGGAACUAUAACUCGAGAUAAUUUAUCAAAGGAAAGAAAAUUAAUCAGAAGUAUAUAAAUACAUGUCAGGAAUUGUGAACCUUAUUAUAUAAAGUUAUUUCUGAUAUGAAGUCCCCACAACGAUAAGUAAAACAACCAUGAUUGAAAAUGUUAAAAUCUUACCAACAUGGAAACGGAAAUCAAUAAGUAAAGCUUGGUAUCUUUUGUAACUUCCAGAUUUCUUUUUUUU